AUGCCCCCCUCGACAGCCCUCCGGCUCACCUCCGGCCGUCUCCUCCUCCGAGCCCGCCCAUCCCCCUCCCUCCGCCAAACCCCCGUCGCCCUCCUCUCCGCCUCCCACACUUCCGGCAUAACCCGGUCUCCGUCCCCAAUUCUCCGCAGAUCCUUCUCCCACCGCGCGCCGGCCCUUUCCCCCGCCAACAAGACACCUCCUCCGCCUUCCUUAACCUACCAGAUUGUCGAGCUCUCGGAAAACAAGUACCAUGAGCUGUCAGACGAAUACCUGGACCGUAUUUGCGCCAAGUACGAGGACCUUCAGGAGGAGAGGGAGGAUGUCGAUGUCGAGUUCGCUCCCCCAAACAAGCAGAUAUGGCUCUCCUCACCCAUUUCAGGCCCCAAGCGUUACGAUUACGUCUACGUCGAGGAUAAGAAGCAAGGGACCAAGGUCGCCAACUGGAUCUACCUGAGGGACCUAUCUUCACUGCAUGACCUUCUCGUGGAAGAGACCGGAGUGGAUCUCGACGCUCCUGUUGCUCACUUCGGCGAGUAA